GUGCACUGAAGAUACGCGCCCAACGCGAGCGACUCCGAUUUUAUAACUCCGGGACCCGUGUAGCACAAAAUAACGACGACAACAACGAUCCUUCUGUCGGCCGACUCGCGGGACGACGACGACUACGACGACAACAACAAAGCGAAUUGCAAAGACGACAUGCGACUCCCGCGCGAUGAAUGACGCGCAGUUGCAGCAGCCUUACAAUACCUAUUAUACACAACAUCGUCGCGACGUUUCGUCAUUCUGCCAGUGUGCACUCAGUGACUCGUAACUCGAGAGAGAGAGAGAGAGAGAGAGAGGAAAACAGAGAGAGAAGCGAGCUGCGAACAGCAGUAUACAAGAGUGCACGAGCUAAGCGGAGGGGCGGCAGCAGCAGCACUCAGCAGUCAGCCUCUAUAUGCACAGAGGCAGUGUAUUCUGCGUCGUUCGCGCGCCCUCCAAAAUGGCGCUGCAUUGUCUAGUGUUUUGCACUUUCCGCGCCUUUUUAAGGUUAUAAAGUUGGAUCCUCGUCCUGGGGGGCCCAUAUAAAGUUGCAGCGAUCGGCGACUAGGUGCAUAGUGCAACGGAGAGCAUCGUGUGCGGGUAAGUCGCGCGGCAGCGAUCGCAUGGCAGCAUCGUCGUCGAGCGUCAGCGUGACGCACUCCGUACCCGCGCGACACACGCUAUUAUUGUGCUAGCUGCGCCAUCAGCUUAGCCGCCUCGCGUGCAAUCUCUCGACCAACUUGUGUUUACCAAUCGCACGCGCAUAUAGACAGACAGUGACACUAGAUAUAGUGUGCAGCAGCAGCAGCAGCAGCGGUCACAACACAUUAUAGUGCUGUAUAGUGCAUAGCAUCGCCAACGGCGCGCAAAUAUUAUGCAGGAGCAGGGUACGGACUGUUGUGGUAUCGUGUAUACGUGCGCGCCUGUGUGAGUGUAUAUACAGUGCAGGCUGCAGCACGUCUUUCACUUCUUCUGCUCCGGCCUGAAAACACUGUGUAUAGAAAGCGGAACGUGCCAAAAAAAAGUAAACAACAACUCGCACGCGGAUCUCCGACGCGUUUUCGUUUUUCGAAGGCGAUCCUUUCGAUUGUUGCUGCGUGUUAUGAGGAGGCCGCGGUAUGCCUGCCAGCGGUAACAGUCGUUUCCGCGCUUAUCCGGCUCGGAUGUCCGAGCGCCAGCAACUGGCCCUCAUCCUGCAGAUGACUUCUCAGGAGAUGACAUCAGCUUUGAACAAUUCAAAUGAGAGUACCACAGCUUCGACUUCAAGUAAUACGCGUGCGUCACCUUUGCAGAAUCAGAGGAGAAGAAAUGAGUUCGCUGGUUCGAGCUCGUCAACGGCGGACGUCGAGGAGACCAUCAGGCAGGCGAGUCGCGCCGAGAGUCCACUAGCCGCCGGUUCGCCGGCCGAGUCCGCUGCUGCCUCCAACAAUAGCGCGACUACUGCUGCUGCUGCGGCGGUGGCGGCUGCUGCUACUGUCGCUUCUACUGCUAGUUCUCAUGUUGUAACUGCUCCUGUCGCCGCCACCGCUACCACAACCGUUGCCUCUACUGCAUCUAGCUCCAGUAGUAGUAGCAGCAGUAAUCUGGCAUGCGAUAAGGAGAUCAUCGGCAGCGGUGCAGGAGGCGAGUCGUCUUCGCAGAGUCAUCACUCGAGGCAGCAACAGAUUCAAUCGGACGAGGCUGCCGCCCUCACCACGGCGAUGCGAAGGACACCGCCGCAAAGUAGAAGUAGCAGCGACAGACAAACGAUCGGUCAGCAGCAGUCACAGCAACAGCAGCAAGGGUCUACUAACGGUGGCCGUGUAACCCUGAGGCUGAAUCCCAUGCGCCAGAGCGCGAGGGAUGAUAAUAAAAAGUCAAGCGCCACAUCAGCCCAACAGCAGAGCAGUAGUACGGCGACGCCAUCUCAGCAGCAACAACAGCAACGCAUCAGUACGUCCAACGCUGCGGCAGUAAGCAUAUCAUCGACGUCCACUUCACACAAUUCUAAAGAGAUGGAGACUGUAUCAUCCUCAUCGUCAACAACAAAAUCAUCAAAUGCAAGUGCAGCUCCAGCGGCAUUAGCCAAGGGCAAUACUUCAUCGUCUUCUUCAUCAGCAGAUGCCAGUGAUGUUUAUGAAUUUAAAUCUUCUAAAGAAGCCACCCCUGUAAGAGGUUCCAGUACAUCGCCUAAUCCAAAUCCUAAUGAAAAAGAUGCUAAAGAUAGUAACAUUGCAUCUGCAUCUGUUUCAACUUCAUCAAAUCCUGCUGGUAGUACCAGUAGUACUGGUCAAAGUCAAAGCAGUGGUGCUAAUGUUGGAAACACUUCUCUAGGGCUCACUAAUUCAAAUUCAUCUGCAACAUCAACAACUAUAACGUCAACAGUCUCUGCUGCGGGUUCAUCUUCGACGACAUCAUCAUUGAUCACAGUAAGCAACCCUUCAGCAGAUUCAAUGACAUCCUCAACAUCAAGUGCUAUGCAGAUAGAUGAAAAUGUAUUAUCAUCUACGGCGUCUCCAUCUUCUUCUAUUGCUCCGUCUUCAAAUAAAAGAAGUUAUGAAAAUGAUCCAGUUUCAACUGAUGAUCAAGAUGAAGAAACCCGUAAGCGUAAGAAAAAGGAUGAUACUGGAAAAGAGACUUCUACCGUGAAAGGAGCUGCUGGAAGAAAUCAGACUGUCAACAGAAACAAUCCCGCCGUAAAUGAAAAGAAACGAGCUACAUCAACAAAUAACAUGAAUAACCCUAUAUCUAAGCCUAAUCAAGCCUCUACUACAUUUGGAUCUGGAGAUCAUAGAAGUCCAAGCUCUUUUACUGCAAAUAGUCCAAAAUCAUCAUUGGUUAACAUGACUCCUGAGUCAGAUGGAGAAGACGACAAAUCCAAAAAUGCAGAUAAUGGAUGUGGACCAAAGGUGCCACCAUUAAAAAUUGUUAUACCCCAAAGCACUACUUCUGAACAAGAGCAAGGUAAUCGCAAUGGUAAAAAUACGUCCAAUAGGAGUCACCAGCUUCCUUAUGUUGUUGCGACUUCAAACAGUAACGAUUCUACGGACAAAGAAUUGAGUAAUGCCGGAAGUCCUAUGGAUACCAGCAGUAACGCUGGACUUAAAGGUGAUGAAAAAAAAGAUUUUAGCGGGGUUCUUGAUGAGUCCAGGUCAUCCAUACAUCAUCAGAGAGUAUUGAGAAGUUCUCAUAAGGCGGGCAAUGGUAAUGGUAAUUCACAGAAUAAUAAUGGGGGUUAUUUUACAUCUUCUCCUUUGCCGUGUGCUUCAACUGAUAGAUCGAAUAACUCUUCGCCACAACAGAGGCAUCAUUCACCUACUCCGGAAAGUAGUACUGAAAGCUCUACAAUUAGUAAAACUAUGUUGACAGAUUCUCUUGGUACAACUAUUAAAAAUAGUAACAGCGCUGCUACAGGGAGCAAUUCUACAGAUAAAAGCGAUAAGAGCGUAGAAAUGAAAAAGGAACCAAUCGAUUCGUCCGAGGUAACCAUCAAAAAAGAACCAGGCGAAGCAGGUGCAAACGUACAAACUUCGGUCGAGCUGCACCCACGGAAGAGAAAAAUGAAGACUAACAAAGAAGCUCAACAGGCAAACACUGCUGCGGCCGUAGCUGCUGCUGCGUCUGAUAUUGCUGAGGCAGCAAGUACUGGAUCUGAAGUUCACCCGCAUGAUCAGCCUAUAACGAAUUGUAUACAGUUAUUCAUAAAUAUAAGAAAACAGAUUGAGCGUCGAAGAAAGAGCUUGUUUCCAGUACAGCCUAAGCCACCCUCCGGUUUCAAGGAUUAUCUUAUGAACCGUUGUACAUACGUUUUAGCUCGUAACACUAAAGAGGAACCAACAGUAACAAUUCCAGCUAGUGUUCCAGCAGCUAUGAAAGAUUUAUACACACAGCAAGAACAAGAAAGAUAUGACUUGAGAAUGGCACACGUCGUUGAAAAAGAAAAAUUAGUUUUGGCUGUUGAGCAAGAGAUUUUGAGGGUGCAUGGAAGGGCAGCCAGAGCUCUUGCAAAUCAGUCAAGACCUUUUUCUCUUUGUACGAUACUUAAAGAUGAAGAAGUAUAUAAUGUUAUUACACCAGAGCAAGAAGAGAAGGAUAGAAAUGCUAGGAGUAGGUACAAUGGUAGACUUUUUUUAAGUUGGCUUCAAGAUGUAGAUGAUAAAUGGGAGAAAAUUAAAGAAGGAAUGUUACUUAGACACCAUCAAGAGGCAGAUUCUCUGCAUGCUAUACAAAAAUUAGAUUGGGAAUGGAAAUUGAAAGAGGUAGGAUUGUGUGAAGCUAAAGGCAAACCUCAAAUUGAUGAAACCCACGUACCAAAUGUACCAGUUUCAGAUGAUUUUGAUUUACUACCAGCUUAAGCUACUUUGUAAAAAUUUUCGUGACUAGGUACAGAUUAUUCUAUCUCAAAGUACCUAGGAAAAAGAAAAAUUUGUCGUCUGUGAUCUAGAAAUGAAUGGAUAACUCAUGUUAAGAAUUGCCUUUAAAUCAGUAGUUAUUAAUGUGAUUAACUAAUGGACUGUGUUUCUGAAAUUUUUAAUGCCUGAAAAUAUGGUUUAUUUUACAUUAUUUUUUGUUCUUCAUCACUUAUAUUUGUAAAAUCUUUUCAAGACAAUUUUUAAAUUAGUUGACCAUACUUUUGGAAAGUAAUAUAUGCCAGUAUAUUAUCAAGAAUCUUCCAAAUUUCCAUUCAUCUUCUUGAGUUAUUUUAAUUAAUUUUAGACUAUGUUUUUUUUAUAUUCAUGAACUAAAUAUGUACAUACAUUUUAUUUAAUUA